AUGAGUUUAUUGCCAUGUAUAUCAAUUGCAGAUAUUAUACAUACUUAUAAACAGCAAUUACAACUUGAAAAUAGUUAUUUCACCAAUGAUUUUGGAUAUCAAUGUCACAAUGUAGACGAUUCAUUUAAUAGUUACUCUGUAAGACCAAAACAAUUUCUAACACACUGUACAGAUUCUGAAAAAAGAUUAAUUGCAUUAUCUAAAAAAAUUAAAAAAGAUGACUAUAUCUCGGCAUUGCAAAGUUCCGCCAGAAUUGCUAAAUAUCUACAACUGCCAAUUCGUACUCCUACUGUGCAUGAAUCUGUGCAACAAAUGUUGACAAUGAAAAAAAAAUUGUUAAAUUAUGAAAAAAUUUGCAAAAUGUUUACAAAUAUUGUGAAAUUGGAGACGUUUAAAUUAAUUGAAAAACAAGAUAAAAUUAGAUUUGUAUGUGAUACAUCUCCUAGGCCCAGGGGUACAGCUAAGCAAAUCCACUGCAAUGCUCAAAAUUCAUUUCAGAGUAAGGACUUUACUGCAGUUUCUGAUGAUUCAAUUUUAAGGGUUUAUUUUUUUGAUCCUAUCCGUGGUUCUAGAAUUGCAGGAUUUGAUAUUCUUGGCAGUCAAACUUUGGCAGAUUUGAAAGAUUCAUUUGUUUGCCUGAGAAAUCAAAUAUUUUGUGAUACUAGUAUGUCUGGUUCAUGUUUCCUAAUGAAUGGGGUUUUAUAUCCAGACACUAGGGACCCAAAUUCUCAUGAAUAUGAUCGGGAAUUACUCGAUUAUCUAAGUAAGUACAACCCUCAAUUAUUAAAAUCUAACUCUACAAUUCCACAGCACAAGGCGGUGUUGAAUAAUAUGGAAAUACCAAUAUAUAGCAACGGAGUAUAUCUACACAACGGAGACUGUGAACACCGAUUUAUGUUCACAUCAAUUAGGAUGCUAUCCAAAAAUGAUUGUACAAUUAGAAACAUCUACCCGUUAUGCAUUUAUAAACCUAUAACUAGGAUUGAUAUGUGUGAAAUAUGUCGAAAAAACCCGCGUAAAUCAAUGGUUUUUAAUUGCAAAUUGCUUGUCAAAAAUCCAAUGUCUAUUUGUAAUGUAUGUGUCAAGGAUUUUAUAUAUGAUGAUAAUAAAUUAUUGGAUCCCGGUACUAAGAUAUACAAAGUGGAAUAA